GUAGUAGGUGGGACUGGCGAGCGGUCUGCACCAGGACGUCGUAGAUCAAUGAACCGAACCGGAGGCUCGCUCGAUACGCUGGUGUACAACAAACUGAGCUAACUGGAUAAAUGUGUCACCAGCAAAGCAUAAGAGAGGGCACGCACGCUUUGUUCAACUUAAUCAACCCGUUCAGUAUGUCGAUGUUUUAACCAGACGGGUUAUUUUCGAGCCUUACUCGCCGCUUCCGACCAUUUCAUUGGAUCUGCGAUUUUUUUUUUAAGAGGGGGGAGAUCUUGUCUGGAAAUCGAAUAUCUCUAACCUCCAGGAUGAUCUUUGCAAACACGGGCAACCCACUGAAAGCUGCCACUCGCAAGCAGUGGCCCUCCUGUGUGCAGUCGUACCCCAUGACUCCGUCCAGUCCGAGCAGCAGCAGCAACAGCAGCAGCACGGGCUUGGAGCAGCUCAGCAAGACCAACCUGUACAUCCGAGGCCUCCCUCCUGCCACCACCGACUUGGACCUGGUCAAACUCUGUCACCAGUAUGGCAAGAUUCAGUCAGCAAAGGCGAUCCUGGACAAGACAACUAAUAAAUGUAAAGGUUAUGGCUUUGUGGACUUUGACAGCCCAGCGGCUGCUUUGAAGGCCGUGCACGCUUUGAAAACCAGCGGCAUUCAAGCCCAGAUGGCCAAGCAACAGGAACAAGAUCCAACAAAUCUGUAUAUUUCCAACUUGCCUCUGUCUGUGGAUGAGAAAGAGUUGGAGAACAUGCUGCAGCCUUUUGGCCAAGUUGUUUCCACACGCAUCCUCCGCGACUACGGUGGCAACAGCCGGGGUGUGGGCUUUGCCAGGAUGGACACCACCGAGCAGUGUAACGCUGUGAUCUCACACUUCAACGGGAAAUUUAUCAAGAUCGCCUCCGGAGCACUGGCUCCCUCUCAGCCCUUGUUGUGCAAGUUUGCAGACAGCCAAAGGAAGAAACACGCUCACAGUGGAUUUGUUCCCAAUGGACAGACAGGCGAUCUCAGACUAGGCGCAAUGACUCUUACCUAUGAUCCCUCCUCAGCAGCUAUGCAGAAUGGGUACUAUCCAUCUCCAUAUCCAGUGCCCAACAGGAUAAUGACCGUGCAGCCAGCUAUGUCCCCCUACAUGUCUCCGGUCUCUGCUUACCAGGUUCAGAGUCACUCCUGGGUGGCACAUCAGCCAUAUAUCAUGCAACACCCGGCCCCCGUGAUGUCUCCCUCUGUGGAUCCCUCCAUGUCAUUGCAUCCCUCUACUAUGAUUACUCAGCAAAUGGGUCAGCUGUCCCUAGGAAACACUGGAGCAUAUAUUGCAGCCAACCCGGGGGCCCAAGGUGCUUACAUACCACAGUAUCAUCCUCUGCCGGCAGCACCGGAAAGCGGCACGCCACAGCAGCUGGAUUCUUCCACCAACUCGUCCCCUUACAGUCAACUCAGCAAGUAACCACAGGCUCAGCGAUAACUCGGCAAGCCAGAGGGUUGGCGAGAGCGGGCUGAUGACGUCACCGUUUUAGCAGCCCUCUCUGAUUGGACCAGACACACAAACUUUUUUGCACAGCCCUUAUGCUUGUGUUGGAAAACGAGGACAGUGAAAAUGCACUCAAGCAGUUGGCUAAUCACAAAAAAAAAAAAAAAAGAUUUAUUUUGAUAAGAAACAACAUGCUCUUCAAGAUUUUCUCUUUUUUUCAAGAAGGAUUCUCAAAUUCCAGAGGACACUUCCCCACCCCUGCCCCCACCGCAUUAUCCACAGUAUGAUGUGAUUUUACAUGCAUGAGAUUGCGAUGUCCCCUCCACCCCCCACUUCUAGGUUUUUAUGAUUUUAUAGCUACGUGCCCCUGCAAAACCUUGUUUGCACUGACUUGUAAAGUAAAAAAAAAAAAAAAAGGGUUGUGUUUCACAAUUGUCACAGAAUCACAUGCUUGAAAGAGGUGACCAUGUCAUGAAAAGGUGCCUUCCUAACCACCAUCUUCCAGCGUUUCUCAUUGAACUUGAUCAGGUGUCAUAUUUGCCAUCAUAAUUCCAUCUGAUUGAUCUCACACAGGAAGUGCGGCGCUAUCUAGUCUUCUGGUAGCAAUAAUGAGAGUCCCACUGCAAUACUGAGGGCAGGAAA